CGCCGCCGCCAUGAUCAUCCCGGUGCGCUGCUUCACCUGCGGCAAGAUCGUCGGCAACAAGUGGGAGGCCUACCUGGGGCUGCUGCAGGCCGAGUACACCGAGGGGGAUGCCCUGGACGCGCUUGGCCUGAAGCGUUACUGCUGCCGCCGCAUGCUGCUGGCGCACAUCGACCUGAUCGAAAAGCUGCUCAACUACGCGCCCCUGGAGAAGUGA